GGUGCGGACUGCGGCUUAUCGUACUUUCGCCAUUGACUAUAGUUAGUAGCAGAAACUAUAAGAGGUCUGAUUCAUGUCUCCAUUAAGUAGCAGAGGCGUCGUGCAGUUGUCUUGCGCUCGCUUUAUCGACAAGUGUUUAAGCUAAUUCCUAUGGGUAUAGUUUCCAGUACAAGAGCAGCAAGAAUGGCAGUCAGUCGUGAAACAGUUGAUAAACUUAUUGUCUCCGACAAAGUGGUUAUCUUUUCAAAAACCACAUGUCCCUUCUGCAAAAUGGCUAAAGAGGUAUUUGACAAACUGAAGGAAGCUUAUACAGCUAUAGAAUUAGACAAAAGAGAAGAUGGUGAUGACAUCUUUGACAUACUUGAAGAAAUUACUGGAGCAAGAACAGUUCCUAGGGUUUUCGUCAAAGGAGAAUUCAUUGGAGGAGGUACUGAUGUCAAGAAAAUGUACGAGACUGGAAAACUAGCUGAGAAACUUGCUUAAGAGGAAACUUGUAUUUGACAAAAUUUUCAUCAAAUUUGUCUUGAAUUCAACUUCAGUUAUAUUUAAAAUCAAUUAUAUUAUUUUUGUGCAUUUCUAAAUAAAAAAGAUAUGUAAAUUUUAAACAGUAUUAAUUUUUUCAUUGCAAUAAUUAAUAGUAUUUAAAUUCAUUUUAAAUAAGUGUUUAUUCAAAUUAUGUAAAAGUGUUUGU